AUUUACAGACACACAAGCACGUGUGUGCCAACAAACACACACUGAGCGGCAUCCUACACGCAGAGCGAGACGCCGUUGGACUGCUGCAGGCGAGGAUGAGGCUGUGGCUGUGGGAGCUGUGUGCAGAGACGAUCCUGGUCCUGCUGAGCCUCCUGACGUUGGCGCUGUCGCUGGGGAACCUGUCCACCAGGGGGCUGCAGGAGGAGGGCGUGGCCUCCAACAGCCUGGAGGAGGACCUGGAGGUGACCACAUACUGGUGGGGGGAGUGGGCCAAAUGGACGGCGUGCACCCGGACGUGUGGAGGCGGAGUCAUGACUCAGGAGAGACACUGUCUGAGACAGAGAAAGAAAGUUGCUGCUGGGAAGGACAACAUGACCUGUACAGGAACUGCGAAGAAGUAUCAUCUCUGCAACACUCGAGAAUGUCCUGCCAGUGGCAGGAGCUUCAGGGAGGAGCAGUGUUGGUCCUUCAACUCCCACCUUUACAACGGGAGGAACUACCUGUGGAAACCUCUCUACCCCGACGAUUAUGUUCAUAUCUCCAGUAACCCGUGUGACCUCCACUGCACCACGAUCGACGGCCAGCGGCAGCUGAUGGUGACGGCUCGAGACGGCACUUCCUGCAAGUACAGCAGCUACCGCGGCGUUUGUGUGAACGGCAAGUGUGAACCUAUCGGAUGUGACGGCGUGCUGUUCUCCUCCAACACGCUGGACAAGUGUGGAGUCUGUCAGGGAGACGGCAGCAGCUGCAGCAGAGUCAAUGGAAACUUCCGACGUGGAGCCUCCACCCUGGGUUACUCUUUCAUCACUCAAAUCCCUGAGGGAUCCUGGGACAUCCAGAUCAUUGAGAGGAAGAAGUCAGCAGAUAUUCUAGCGGUAACUGACCAGGCCGGAAACUUCUUCUUUAACGGAGCCUACAAGGUGGACAGUCCCCAGAACUUCCAUGCAGCCGGCACCGUCUUCAAGUACCGUCGGCCCAUGGAUGUGUACGAGACCGGGAUCGAGUACAUCGUCGCCAAAGGCCCGAUCGACCAGGCCAUAAAUAUCCUGGUGUGGAACCAGAAUGGCCGAACACCUUACAUCACCUACGAAUACACCGUACUGCGAGAGUCUCUGCCCCCGAUCCCGCCUCCUCCAGUCUACACAGGCAGAGACAGCUCAGCUGGCGACCUGUCGGUGGAAGUGGGGGGUCUGCUGGCCCCCAACAGCAGCUUGUAUGAUCCGGCGCCGUCUGGGGGUCGGCUGGAGACCGGAGAGUCCGAUGGACAGAAGAGCCAGGAGACCAAUGAGGUGUAUGUGGAGACGGCAGCCAUUAAAUGUGAUGUGGACGGAGCAGCCGCAAAAAAAUUCACAGGAAACAGCAGCCACACAGGCAGCACCGCCCAACCUGAAGCGGAUGGUGGACCUCUGGACGCAAAGCCGGACUCCCCAAACCUCAUCUGGAGGGUCCUGCUGGAAGACUGGAUGGGUCCAGAUGAGCUGCUCAUCAACAUCAGCACCAACCAGCUGCUGACGGAGGGCGGCGCUCCGUUCUCAUCCGAGGUGGGAGCAGCGGAGGUGGGCGUGGGCGGCCUGGAUGGGGGCCAGCCGUUCGACCUGACCCACAUGCUGGAGUUUACUCUGGGCUCCAAACACAAUGACAGCGGAGACCAAGGCAGCCCCAACAAGACGGUGCAGAACGGACUGAGACCCUCCAGUCGCUCUAACAGAACCAGGUUGAGCCAAAGGAUCCACCAGAAAAACCUGAAGCUGAGUGCUGCCGACAUGUACCGCUGGAAGCUGUCCUCUCAGGAACCCUGCAGCAUGACCUGCUCCAUAGGAGUGUCAAAGUCUUUCGUCUCAUGUGUCCGUUACGAUGGUGUGGAGGUGCACGAUAUGUACUGUGAUGCUCUGACCAGACCGGAACCGGUCCACAACUUCUGCAUUGGAAGAGAAUGUCAGCCCAGAUGGGAGGCGAGCAGCUGGAGCGAGUGCUCGCGGACGUGUGGGGAGGGCUUCCAGUUCCGUCAGGUCCGCUGCUGGAAGAUGCUGUCCCCGGGCCUGGACAGCUCGGUCUACAGCGACCUCUGCAACAUGGCCGACCUGGAGAGACCAGCCGAGAGACGAGCCUGCAAGAGUCCAGCCUGCGGUCCACAGUGGGAGGUGGCAGAGUGGACUGAGUGUCCUGCUAAAUGUGGCCAAAAAGCUCAGGUGAACCGUGACGUUCGCUGCUCUGAUGAGACCCGACCAUGUGACCCGAUGACCAAACCUCCCAAUGUGAAGAACUGCACCGGUCCGCCCUGCGAGCGCCACUGGACUGUGUCCGAGUGGGGGCCUUGUUCAGGAGCGUGUGGCCAGGGGAAGAUGGUGCGACACGUGUACUGUAAGGCUCCAGAGGGCCGUGUGGUUCCUGAGAACCAGUGCUCCCUGGAGGACAAGCCGCUGUCCAUUCACCCCUGUGGGGAGAGAGACUGUGCUCCGCACUGGCUGAGCCAGGACUGGAAGAGGUGCAACACGACCUGCGGUCGCGGUGUGAAGCAGAGGGUCGUUCUGUGUGUGGGCAUCAACGGAGGAAAGUUCCAGAUCUUUGACGAGGAAGCGUGUGGAGACAGCAACAAGCCCGAGGAGGAAAAUACCUGCUUUGAAAGACCCUGCUUCAAAUGGUACACGACCCCUUGGUCUGAGUGCACAAAAACCUGUGGAGUGGGAGUGCGCAUGCGGGACGUGAAAUGUUACCAGGACAGGGAGCUGGUCCGAGGCUGUGACCCCCUCACCAAGCCAGUGGCCAAACAGACGUGCACCUUGCAGCCCUGCCCAACAGAACCACCAGAUGAGAACUGCCAGGAUCGACCCUCCACCAACUGUCUGCUGGCUCUGAAGGUCAACCUCUGCAGCCACUGGUAUUACAGCAAGGCCUGCUGCCACUCCUGCCGCACCAGCCGACCCCCGUCCUCCUAGCCUGGUCCUGCACAGCCUCUCUCAACCCAGCUGAAGUCUGCCGGAAACCCUCACCCAUCCAGCAGUUAAAGUCAACCCCAGAGUCCACUCCUUGGAUUCCUUUUACUUCCA